UGGCAAAGACAACAUACUUAACAUCUACAGUCUGAAAUGAAUUGUGCAAGAGUCCUCCAUGCUAUCGGGAGUCACCCCCAGCCAGCUAUGAUGCCGGUUGACCUCGCCACGUGUCUGAGCCUCAGCCGGCGCCAGCCUCUUUAUCAGCUGCUGUCCAUGUCUCCUGUGAAGCCCACACAGCAGCGUUAUCAGCAGAGCAGCUCUCCACAGAACAGGACCGGCCUCCACUCACCACACCCCCCCCACUCUCCCACCCCCGCCCCGCUGCCCUCCGAGCCUCGGAGCUGUUUCCGCAGGGACAGCGGCGGCUCCAACAAGAAGCGCGUGGUCUUUGCGGACGCCGUGGGGUUAGCUCUGACUGCUGUACGGCUGUUUGUCCCUGAGCCCUCGUCCCCUGCUUACCCUCUGCUGAUAACACCUUCCCUCGCCAAACUACAGAGCCAACAGUCCACCUCAAACAAACUGCCGCGCAACAAGUUGCGGCUGGGUUUCCCUCCGCCGACCCUUGACCCGAAAGCCUUUCUUGCACGUCUGAGAGACACACAUGUGCAACUGGAGAGCUGCAACAUUUCAGAGCACUCGUUAAGCGGCAAAGUGCGUGUUUGCCAAGCCGGUAUGGACAAGGCUGUGCACGUGAGGGUGACAUUUGACUCUUGGAGGACGCAUCAUGACGUUCCCUGCACGUUCCUGCAGCAGCAGCACUACAGGGGCUCGGAUAUGGACGUUUUUGCAUUUGAGUUUGGGUUGCCAAAGAACUUGGAUCCAAAGGAGCGAGUGGAGUUUUGUGUGUCGUUCAGGCCUGGACCUGGCGCGACGGCACACUGGGACAACAACAGGGGGCAGAAUUACAGGGUGUGCGUGGAAAGAGAUGAAUCAAAUGGUUACCAAGGCGAUGAUUACCGUUUUUACCCGACACUUUCACAGCACGGGCCUUCACAUGUGUCCCUGUGUGUGCAGAACUCUGAUCUGAACAGGAGUUUGGCCAGCAGAGUCAGAGCAGAGUAUAAAGCUCUGUGUUCAGCUCAGUAGAGCAGUGAAUAAACUUAUCAUAUAAAUAUGUGAAUAUGUAAGUAAUUUCUAGACUUAUUGAUUGUGGACUUUCUGAAACGUCCUGUGUUGGAUCUGAAUCCAACUGUUCAACAACAGCUCACCUACCUGUGCUCAACCACCCUGCUGAAAUGUGAAUAAUAUUCUGAUUAAAUAAGUUUUUUAAAAGAAA